GUGGUGUCGCAAGAGGGUUCCAGUCAGUGGGCCUCUCUUUCCCUGGGCCUCUCUUUCCUGCUCCCAGGAGCCCGCCCUCCCUCAAGAACCGCCCCCUAGCCCUGGGCCUUGACUAGUUAAGAACACCAGAGCCAGCCCACUCUGUCACAGUCCUCACUCCCCCACGGAGCAUCCAGGAUGAAGGCUGGGACUGGACCUCUGCUCUCUACAUUGCUGGGGCUGCUGUUCCUGUCCAUACAGGGAACUGGCGGUGUCAACCCCGGUGUGGUGGCCAGGAUCACCGACAAGGGCCUGGCCUACGCGGCCAAGGAGGGGCUGGUGGCUCUGCAGAGAGAGCUGUACAAGAUCACACUACCGGACUUCAGCGGGGACUUCAAGAUCAAGGCCGUGGGUCGUGGGCAGUACGAGUUUCAUAGCCUGGAGAUUCAGAACUGUGAGCUGCGUGGCUCCUCUCUGAAGCUGCUCCCAGGCCAGGGCCUGAGUCUCGCCAUCUCUGACUCUUCCAUCGGUGUCCGAGGCAAAUGGAAGGUGCGCAAAUCCUUCCUGAAACUUCAUGGCUCCUUUGACCUGGAUGUCAAAGGUGUCACCAUUUCAGUGGACCUCCUCCUGGGCAUGGAUCCCUCAGGGCGGCCCACAGUCUCUGCCUCUGGGUGCAGCAGCCGCAUUUGUGAUUUGGAUGUGCACAUAUCAGGAAAUGUGGGGUGGCUGCUGAAUCUCUUCCACAACCAGAUCGAGUCGAAGCUCCAGAAAGUACUGGAGAAUAAGGUUUGUGAGAUGAUCCAGAAGUCUGUGACCUCUGACCUGCAGCCUUAUCUCCAGACUCUGCCAGUCACAGCAGAGAUCGACAAUGUCCUGGGCAUUGACUACAGUUUGGUGGCGGCUCCCCAAGCGAAGGCCCAGGUGCUGGAUGUCAUGUUUAAGGGUGAAAUUUUUAAUCGGAAUCACCGCUCUCCAGUUGCUACCCCCACUCCGACCAUGAGCCUACCUGAGGACAGUAAGCAAAUGGUCUACUUUGCCAUCUCAGAUUAUGCCUUCAACAUAGCCAGCCGGGUUUAUCACCAGGCUGGGUACCUGAAUUUUUCCAUCACAGAUGACAUGUUACCACAUGACUCCGGCAUCCGGUUGAACACCAAGGCCUUCCGUCCCUUCACUCCCCAGAUAUACAAAAAGUAUCCCGACAUGAAAUUGGAGCUCCUUGGAACAGUGGUCUCUGCCCCGAUUCUGAAUGUCAGUCCUGGGAAUCUGUCCUUGGCCCCACAGAUGGAGAUCGAAGGCUUUGUGAUCCUGCCCACCUCCGCCCGGGAACCUGUCUUCCGGCUUGGCGUGGUCACUAAUGUAUUUGCCUCAUUAACUUUCAACAACAGCAAGGUUACCGGGAUGCUGCAUCCAGACAAGGCACAAGUGAGACUGAUCGAAUCCAAAGUCGGCAUGUUCAAUGUGAACCUGUUCCAGGCAUUCCUUAACUACUACCUUCUCAACAGCCUCUACCCUGAUGUCAAUGCUGAGCUGGCCCAGGGCUUCCCCCUCCCUCUGCCAAGGCAUAUUCAGCUCCACGACCUCGACUUCCAGAUCCGCAAGGACUUCUUAUACUUGGGUGCCAAUGUCCAGUAUAUGAGAGUCUGAGGACAAGAAGAAAGAUGGGUCUCAGUGGCCACAGCUGGACCGGCCAUUUGUAAUUCCAGAUGUACAGCACAUCUCUGGAGAGUCUCAAAAUACAAAGAUGUUUCUGCUCCUGGCUCGGGUGGGCCCUGACCCCAGAGUCCUCUUCAGCAGGUGCACCCUUGACCUGGACUUGACUCCGUCCCAUCCUCCAGGAAGGGCCCCUCCCCUCACUGACUUCUCCAGGAAGGGCCCUCUCCAACACUGGGUGGGAGACCUGGAAUCACUUUAAGAGCGGGCACUGUGGUUUUAAAUUCACCAUCUGACCUUCAUGUUUGACAGGGUGCUGGCACUUUGUAGGUCCUCAAUAAAUAUUUAUAGAAUAUCACAACAUCCCAGCUGAACCUCUUUAUUGCUCUUCCAUCUGGUCUGAGCCAGUCUUAGAUGCUUGCCGGAGCUGUGGUCUCUAAGGCUAGACCUAGGCCUCCUUUUUUCUCCUGUUGGCCCUGCUAUGAGGGCCUCAACAAGGGAGUGGUGGACUACACACACACACACACACACACACACACACACACACACACACACACACACCGCCCUUCCCCAGCACUUGGCCUGGUGUUCAUCACUAGGCCCUUAUCCUGUCUAGGCUCCUAGCUUUGUUUCCACAGGUAUCUCUUCCAUGGUUGCUGUUUGCUGCAGACAACAGGCCCAGAACAAAAGCAAAAUGGCAGGCUCCCACGACUGUCCCCAUGGAGGCCUGUGUAAGUGAGCAAGAGAUGGAUCCAAGGAAGGUUUUGGUUGGACCCAAAUCAAAAACUCAUCGGACUGCUGUUCACGAGCCACAUGCCUGCGAGGAGAGACCGUGAUUUCUAACUACUGAACAAUAAGCCUUUGAUCAGACUUAAUAAAGAGUCAUUUCCGUGUUA